GCGCCGCAAAUGUCAGUUUAAUUUCGCAAUUGCGAUAAUUUUGUUUGUUAUUGUGGAAAUUAGAGGAAAUUUAUUAUUUACUUAAUUUUUGUACGAAAGUUUAGAAUUUAGAAAUGUCAACGAGGCGAAAAGACAUAUGGAAAUUACUUUAUAAUCUGGUAUCAAGAGAUGGUACAGAUUUGAAUGAUGUGUUUGCCUUUGUCGAUGAUAUACUUUGCAGGGAGCCUUCUCUUAUUCGACCUUCCUUGCGUGAGCUAAAUAAUCGCUUUCAGGACACAUUUGUGCUCUGGAUUAUAAACAAAUUUAUAAAUGGGUUAGGUGACUCGAAUGUUAAAUCUAAUUCAAAUAGUUUUAGUACAGAGGGAAUGCAAGGACGGAACAUCCAAUUACAGGAAAAGAUACUUCAAUCUUGUUUGGUUAAUCGCGCUUUGUUAUUUGAACGGUUGGUGGCAGCAUACAUCAAAGCUAUUGGGCAAUUAACAAAUGGACUGCAAUUGCUUGAUGAGCAACAAGAUAUAAAUCAAGCUGGUAUUGAGACUGAGCCCAAACAAUUCCUUGAAAUCACAGCAUUUUUUAGUGAAGACUUAUGUUUGCGAGAAAUCGAUGCAGACUUCUCAUUUAAACCUAUACGGGUGCCUUAUGAAGUAGUGGAUGACAGAGUGCGUUCGCUAUUGCAGGUGCUCCAUACUGCCGCACUUAUUGGAUAUCCAUUGUUUCCUCAAAUGUUUGCCGAAUCGCUUCUAAGUGUGCUGCACGUUGUACGUGAAUGUGAUUUAACUACCAAAUUACUGGCGCUACGCUAUUGUCAAAAGAUAUUUGAACUGGCCUGCAAAUGCACUGAAUUGCUAGAACAUUAUGGCCAACUGACCAUGCAAGGGUUAGCUCUAAUAUGGAGUCAAAUUCCACUUUGGCUGCAUGCUCGUUGCAUACGACUGGAAGAGUUAGAUGGCUUUAAAGAUGUGACCAUUGCCAUAAUGCGAGUACUGAAUAGGUUUAGUAAUGAGUUACAGUGGACGCGACGUGCCUUAACUAUGUUGGCAUUAAGUAUUCUAUAUAAUUGCGCCGAAUUGGAACCAAAAGCCAAUAAUAAGAAUGAUAGCAAAAAUUUAGGCGAGCUUAUUCGUGAGAUCGUUCAAUUUAUUAUUCAGUUGCCAUUGGAAGACGGAGAGGAAGACGUAAUCGUGAAAGAUGCCGAAAAACUUAUCAUAUUAUCGGAGAAAAAUGAAUUCGUUCUGCUCUUAUUAUCGGUUAUAAUUGCGCGUGUAGACAACGAAAGCGAAAAACGGCUGCGUACUUUGAAGUUCCUCAAAGAGAAAAUUUUCGAUACAUUACGUUUGCCCGAAAUUCGAAUAGAUUCCUUAAAGCGUUUGAAGCAAUUGUUGCAAGCACUAAUAUAUGCAGAGCAUCGGCUUUGUCGACGACAGCAGUUAAACGCUUUACGAAAAAAUACGGUCGAGGAAGUGAUACAAGAAAAUUACUACAAUAGUAUAAACUUAUUUUCAUCGUUGGUAGAUGACGAUUAUGUAUCCCAGUUGGAUCAAGUUAUCUCCAGGUACCAUGGAAAUUCAGUUUUAGUGGAUUUUAAAGAUUUGGAGCUUUUCACGUUAUACCUUGAUGUUUGCGCAUUGCUUAUGAAUAGUAUUACUUUACGCGGCGCAAUGAACACCAAAACGCAGAUUAUUUUGCUACAACGCAUGAGCAAUCCCUUGGAAGCCGCCACGCAGGAACGCUUUCCCUCUCGAAAUUUACAGGAUGCUGCAUUUGAGUCACUUCGGUUGCUUGCAAGUUUAAACAUUAAUGGACCGUAUGAGGUAACUUGCUAUUUACGUAAGCUCUAUGAAGGCUUAAUGAGUAGGAUCUUUGAUGCGAAUCCGAAAUUGGAGUCUGCUGAAUUAUUAAUGAAGUUUCGUAGAGCCUUUUGCGAACACUUCCACACAUUGAUUGCUUGCGGCUGGUUAACUUUGGAUCGCGUAUUGCGUGAUUUUGUCGUUGCUGUGGCAGAUCUGCAAUCCAUAUCCAUGGAAAUGCUGCGAAGUGCCUAUUGUCCCGGGGCCGGUGCAUCCACGUGUCGCAUAUUUCUAAGAUUAUCACCUUCCACCACAUCUGAUGUAGCAUUCCAUGAACAUAUCAUUGUUUGCCAACUUUGUAAUGAAAACAUAUGCUCAACUGCAGCGGAGCUAGAGGCAUAUAUACGUUCUAAUAAAGUCAUCUUACUUGAGUGCAAAAGUCAAAAUAAAUUCCUUGCGAAAGAGCGAAAACCUUUGCCUUUACUGCCGGCGGUGGUCCGUCGCAAACUAUGUGAAUCAUUGCUCACACAAAAGGAGGCUGAAAAUACACCGAUUGGCCGUCACCUGGAAUUCUCACGCAUUAGCGCCGACGAUUUGUUCAGUGUGUUGCAGAGAGCACAAGAUAUCUCUAAACUGAAUCUUGAGAUAUUACACACGCUCGUGCCAAAAUUGCUUGCUGCUGGAGAUGAACAACUUGUCAUGAAAUUCGCAAAAUUUCUACUGCAGCAAAUAGUGAAGUCGCUGCAAACACCAUUCACCAUAUCAUCGACGUCGUCCACGAGCUCUUCAGCUUUUUUGUCGUCGCCCGCAUCACAGCGCCAGGCUCAGCUAAAGUUGCUGGAACUCAUUACCUGCUGUGCGCACAGUGACCUAAGUGAAAUAUGGGUUUUUCAUUUAUUCAAACUUACUUUCUUUUAUCUCCUGCAUCCACAAUCGGAAGUCGUGCAGGAGGCAGUGCUGUGCGCAACCGAAAUGUGUGCUAAACAUGGCUUGCAACCAGUGCGUCUAUGGAAUUGGUACAAACGUGACGCGCUGACCUUGGUGGUUCAGUUGGCAGUGCUGAUAUUCCUGAAAAACGGUGUGCGGCUGACACGCUCACUCAAAGCUUUUACUAAAAUGCUAGGUUUUUCCUGCGUGCAAGAAUUCAUCUGCCGUUAUUAUCGCCUCUUGACGACAAUGAUUCUGCCAUAUUGUGUAAAAGAGCCCCUGUGCAAAGGACUCAUUGUUUGCAUAUCGAAAGUGACACGAAAGCCGAUUUCUACGCUUUUCGUUGCUUCAUUUCUUCGCAUAUACACACAUAUCUAUCUCACUGAAGAGGCGGAAGUGGGCAACAAAUGUAUUGAAUUGAUUGUGCGAUGCACUGAAUUCAGUUUAAAGAAAUUAAUGAAUACAGAUGUGAAGCAAACGGUGUCUGAGUUUUUGAUCUACUUCAACCGCAAUCCGCAGUUUGUCAUGAAGGCGUUUCAGUGCCUGCUCUUCAGUGACACUGGCAAUGGUAGCUCAAGUGUAACAGCUUCAAGUAGCAAGUCUUCAAGAAUAACCAAAACUCAAAGUGCCAACACUGGGGAUUUUGCAAAAUUCAUAGCCGACCGCUUUCUUGGCGUGAUCACCUACUUUGAGACCUGCCUUGCCGAACCCACUUUCGAGAAACCGCUUAAGGAGGAGGCGCUCUAUAGUCUGGGACAGAUAUUGCGUUUUGUGGGCGCCAAGCAUGUAACACAAUUUCGUUUUAAAAUCAUCGCCAUGUUGAGCUUUGUGCUCUCGCUGCAGGAUCGUCAUCUGCAGUCCAUUUGCUUAAAGGUUUGGAAUAUUUUCCUACACAUUGUGAACAUUGAAGAGUUGGGGCCGUCACUGAGUCGUAUCGUGGCUUCGCUACAACCGUUAUUGGCACACAGCGAAUCUGAGGUGAACGCCAUUUAUGAGUUUGUGAUACUGAAGAAUGACAGCUUGCUCGGCGCUUACAUUCCCGAUGUGUAUUUUGUCGAGCAACUAAGGGGUAUCGCGCCAGCCAUAACUCAGUGCGUCGCACGUCAAACAGAGAUACUGAAAAGCGAACGCUCCACGUUGCUGGAGAAGAUCGCAUUUCUCUAUCGGCAAAUUACCAAUGAGAACUCACAAGUGCGUAUUUACGGUCUUACGUAUUUGCGAAAUUUCGUGGCGGCUAAUCGCGUCGAUAUCAAUCAUCUGGUGCUGAGCGAAAUGCUUGUCAAUCCUUUAAUUGAGAAUCUCGUAGAUACCUUGGUGGCUGGUUGCAAGCACGAGGACAUAAACCUGCAGUUGUCAUCGGCGAAGUGUUUGGGCGAGUUGGGCGCCAUCGAUCCCAGUUACAUAACAACGAACCACACGUUCGAGCAGCGUGAAGAUUUGCCGCUGAGUGUGCACACCGAUGGGUUUGCCAUAAUGGCGCUGAGUGAGCUUUGUCGCGCCUAUCAGUUUCAAAAGGACACCAAGUAUGUUGAUAAUUUCUCUCUCGCCAUACAGGAGACACUAGCGGUUUGUGGCGUAUCGCCGCGUGAGAAUAAAAAGCUGAACGUAUGGGAGGCAUUGCCAGAGCGUAUGCGGCAGGUGAUGGAGCCGCUGCUUACUUCGUGCUACACAAACUCGCGACGUGAGAGUAGUUGUGCCGAGCAUCCGAUUUUCAAUAGCAGUUAUUGCCGAAGCUACGCCGACUGGGCAUUCAAUUGGGCAGCGCGCCUCAUUGACUUUGUGCAAGCAGAUGAAACGAAGCAUCUGCUAAACUCCUACAAGCCGAGUAUAAAACGUGAUAAUAACACCCUAAUUACAUUUUUCCCUUACGUAUUAUUGCAUGCGCUGCAAGAUGGCACCGAGAGUCAGCGGCAAAAGAUGUACGAGGAGUUUGAGGCGGUUUUCAGCUUCAGUAGUGCAGGCAUUGUUGAACAGCCGGUUUACGAGGCAUCGGGGCUGAAGGAGUUCAUAUCGGCUAAAUACGCCACCGAUCUAACCACGACGGGAGAGUCGGCACAACGCACGCGCAACGGUCAGACGGCGCAAUAUGAUGGGUUGGAACACAUUGGACGCACCUGCACGAAACUGUGUUCGGAACAAAUCGACUUCUUGCAACGUUGGAUCCGCGAAUGGCAACGAAUAAAUAGCGUUGGUGCUAAAGUCAAUGAGGAGGAUAAAAACUAUAAGUGUGUGCGUGAUUUUCUGCGGCGUUUCAGCAAACUGCUGAUUGCCAAGGCCAAUUAUCACUCCGAUGAGUAUGCGCGUGCGCUUAUGUACCUAGAGGCCUAUAUUGAAGAGACGGACACAUCUCAGCGACUGCAGGAGCAAAUUUCCUUCCUGAUUGAGAUACAUGGCGAGUUGCUUGAUGCAGACUCGGUCGAAGGCGCCGUAUACGUGAAGAAGACGAGUCUCAGCUUAGAUGAAGAAAUUAUGGUUAAUCGCAUCGUAGAUCGGCCACAAGAGUUACAGACCUGUUACGAGCAGCUAAUGUGCAGCGACGAGCCUAUCAGUCAGGAGCACAUAAAAGGCAUGAUUAACUGCUAUUUACGCAUGGACACACCCGAAACGGCGCUGUUGAUCACCGAUGGGCUAUGGCAGAAACUAACGGAUCACUAUACUGACGAUUAUUUUAAAGAAUGCAAAUCGGAGCUGCUAUGGCGGCUGGGACGCUAUGAUGAAUUGCAAGAACUGCUCGAGGACUCUGUUGUGCGUCGGAAAACGUCCAAUUGGAAUAUACAAUGCGCCGAGGCGUUCCUGCUAUACCGACAGCCCAUCACCGGCAGUCGGUCGCAAGAGCAAACAACGGUGUUGACCGAUUUCACACAACAUCUGGAUAUGAUACGUCGCAAUGUGUUGGCAACUAUGCGCAGCUGCUCCGUUAUCAAUCACAAAUCUUAUCCAUAUUCCUAUGAAGAUGUUGUUAAACUACAUUUGCUCAACGAGAUGGAGAAGAAUAAACAACUCACGCACGAGGUAAUUGCCAGCUAUGGAGUUGAAGCAAAAGCCACUCAAUGUCUUACGAAUGUGCGCGAAUUCUUCACCGACUGGGACAGGCGCUUAUGCGUGCUGCAGCCGGUGGUGCGCGUCAUGGAACCAAUACUUUGCUUCCGCCGCAAUCUACUCGUUGAAAGUAAGCGCUUGCUUUCCGCUCCACAAAACACUCAGCCGUCACCGUUGCGACAAAGCGUUGUAGACGCCAUUGAUGGUGAAAUCGGUAAGCUGUGGCUGCGCAGUGUGCAGAUGUAUCGUGAAGCUGGCAGCCUGCAGCAAGCGCAACUAUGCAUUAUGAAAGCGGCGGAGUACGCGCCCAAGACGCUCUUCAUCGAGAAGGCCAAACUUUUGUGGCAGAAAGGGGACCAGGCCCAUGCAUUCAAGUUGCUUGAAGAGCAGUUGGAGCGCAUGGAAGCGCAGUGCGAGCGCAACGUACGUAUACUCAACGCGGGUGAUCGCGCGCUCUAUGCGGAAGCGAAAUACCUACAAGCCACCUACAGCGCUGAGUCGAUGAACAGUUGCGCCGAGUUAAAUCUGCGCUACUUUCGUGAAGCCAUACUCGGUAAUCACAAUUCGGAGAAAUGCUAUGUGCAGUUGGCCCAGUACAUGGAGAAAAUAUAUGAAUCGUUCUCGUCGGAACAGCAGCACGGUGAUACUGGCCGUAAGCUGUUGCUCGAUAUCAUGGUAAACUAUGCAAAGUCAUUAAAAAGCGGCUGCGAGAACGUAUAUCAGUCGCUGCCACGGCUGCUGAGUCUGUGGUUGGACUUUACUUCGCGUUGCGCAUCAGUUUGCGAAGCCUCAUCUAGCGAUCCGGCACUCGCUUCCAAGGCAAACACCAUGCAAGAGGUGGCUAAAAAAAUGAAUGAGCUUAUGAACAACUGUGCCAAUGCGCUGCCCACCGCCAUAUUCUACACGGCUUUCUCUCAAUUGCUGAGUCGUAUAUGCCAUCCGUCGAACGAUGUGUUCGCCGUCCUCCGUACCAUUGUUAUCAAGUUGCUUGAACAUUUUCCACAGCAAUCCCUGUGGAUGUUACUGCCAAUACUUAAGUCGUCGCACACAAAUCGCGUGAAGCGCUGCAAAUUGAUUUUUACCGAUGCGCGCCUCGCAAAGCCACAAUUCCAAAAACAGCUGAACGAUUUCAAUACACUCGCUGAACGUUUAAUUGAGUUGACGAACAAAGAUGUGGCGCACGAUCGAACCUAUGAACUGAGCGCGCUUGUCAAGCAACUGCCCAAAUUAUUUGAGGAUCCGAAAUUCUCUAACAUUUUGUUGCCUUUCGAGAAGUACAUGCAGGCGUCAUUCCCUCUGUCAUCUGCUACAUCGUCGCUGGACUUAAAUUUGCCAUUAGGUAACUUAGAGCGAACGUCAUCAUCAUCUUCGUCUUCGUCGAUGUCGUCAAGUUCAUCAUCAGUGCCUGCGAAUCCAUUUCCCUAUCAACAAAUUUUUAUUUGUGGAAUUAAAGAAGAAAUCACAGUUUUGCGUUCAGCUGCGAAGCCGAAAAAGAUUAGCAUCCAAUGCAGCGACGGUAAGUGCUACGAAGUGAUGGUGAAACCAAAAGACGAUUUACGGAAAGACUAUCGAUUGAUGGAAUUUAAUGGACUGGUUAAAAGGUUCCUGCAUCAAGACUCACAGGCACGUCAUCGUUGCCUUCGUAUUCGCACCUACGCUGCCAUUCCAUUUAAUGAGGAAUGCGGUCUGGUCGAGUGGCUGCCAAAGUUGAACUCCUUCCGCGCUAUUUGCAACUCGGUUUAUCGCAUGCGCGGCUUGGGAUUACCCGAUCGUAUGCUGCGUCAGUGUGCGUUGCCUCGAACGGAUCCAACAGAAAAGAAACGUAGCGUGUUUUUAGACACGCUUUUGCCCGCUCAUCCGCCUGUUUUCCAGGAGUGGUUACGUCGACGCUUUUGCACGCCCAACAGUUGGUAUGAAGCACGUUGCGCUUACGUGAAAACUGUUGCCGUUAUGUCUAUGGUGGGCUACAUUCUCGGGUUGGGUGAUCGCCAUGGUGAAAACUUGCUCUUCGAUGAGACGACUGGUGAUGCAGUGCAUGUCGACUUCAAUUGCCUCUUCAACCAGGGCGAGCUCUUUGCCUACCCAGAAUUAGUGCCCUUCCGCCUCACCCACAACAUGGUCUAUGCCAUGGGACCAUUAGGCGUUGAAGGCAUGUACCGACGUUGUUGUGAGAUAACAAUGCGUGUGUUGAAAAAGCAAUCGAAAACUUUAAUGUCAGUUCUGCGGCCGUUCGUUUAUGAUCUUGUGGCGCUGAACCGUAGUUUUAGCGGUAAGACCAAACCCUCACUGGAGUUGACCGAUCCCAAGGCUUUGAUGGAUGUGCGUCGCAUCGAGGAAAGACUGCAGGGCUAUGUGAAGCGAACGCAAGCAAACAGCAUGCCGCUGUCAACCGAAGGUCAAGUGAAUUUUUUGAUAGCAGAAGCUACGAGUAUUGACAAUCUGGCUGCCAUGUACAUUGGCUGGGGUUCUUACAUUUAAGAAAGUAUUAUAAAAGUAUAUUACUUUAUUUACUUUGCGUUUGCCGGAUUCUUAAGAUAGCGUAAUGUCCAGUUUUUUAUAAUAAAAUGUUGAUUUUUUAAUAAAAUGUCGGUUUUGUUAU